CAGAGGCAUUUUUUAAAGAAAAUUUUUAAAAUUUUUUUCUUUAAUUUUUUGAAGAUGGCUAUCAAUGACUUAAGCCAUUGUUUAACUUAUUCAGAGCCUUUUCAACUCCCAAAAUUUAUUUCUUCCCUAAAACAAUUUUGGACUGAUCCAGCAUUACACAGAGAAGUGUUGCCUAGACUUGGACAGUUUCACAUGCAAGAAUCUUUGCCACACUUCUUCAACUCUAUAGACAGAAUAAGUCAACCAAAUUAUGUCCCUACUAUUCAGGAUAUUCUUUUAUUAAGAGUUCCAACUAGUGGGAUAGUAGAGGUCCAAUUCAAUGUAAAUCGGUUUCCUUUUCGAGUAUUUGAUAGAAAUGAACGUCGAAAAUGGAUUCAUUGUUUUGAUAACGUUCAAGCAAUUAUAUUUGUUGCUGCAAUUAGUGAAUUUGAUCAAACACUCGAAGAGGAUGAAAAUACAAAUCGCCUAAUCGAAUCAUUACAUUUAUUCAAAUCAAUUUGUAUGGCCAAAUGGUUUAUUAACACUGGGAUAAUUUUGUUUCUCAACAAAACGGAUUUAUUUGAACAAAAAAUUGCUGGGAAGAAAAGCAUAAAACAGCUAUUCCCAAGCUAUACUGGUUGCAAAUUAAAAAUUUUAAACUCAAGACUGGAUAAAUUUUAA